CAAGCCUACCGCCUGCCCAAGGAGGUGGAGGCUGAGGUAGCCGGGGAGGAGCGUGGGCGCCUCCUGCUGCCGCUGGGCUACAGCUCUCGGCGGGGCGGCCCGCUGGUGGAUGUGCUGCGCUGUGCCCACCUUGCCCCCAUAGACGCCAAUGGCUACUCGGACCCCUUCGUCCGCCUUUACCUGCAUCCAAAUGGAGGGAAGAACUCGAAAUACAAGACCAGUGUUCGGAAGAAGAGCCUGAACCCUGAGUCCAACGAGGAAUUCUGCGCAGGCCCACGGGAGGAGCUGGCGCGGAAGACACUGCUCGUGUCUGCAUGGGAUUAUGACGUGGGCACAGCUGACGACUUCACUGGCAGGGUGCAGCUGAGUAGCCAGGCCAGCGGGGAGCGCCAGCAGCACUGGCGCGAAUGGCUGGGCCGCAGUGACCACCAGCUGGAGCCGUGGCACCCGCUGGACGGCGUGCCCCUCCAGCUCAGCGACUAGCGGGGGUGCCCGGCCUGGCCCUGCUCACUGCCCGUCCCCCAGACUGACCCACGGCUGCCUCCAUGGAGCUGCGAGGACCUGGGGCUGCCUCACCCACCAUGUCCACCCCUAGUCAAUUGCUUCCUUCCUUCCCCCCUUUCAAACUCACCCCACUGCCAAAUCAUGAAGCAAGAAUAAACCUCUCCUCCAAACCAGACCGGACAGCCGGUUCUUUCCCUGCCCAUCGCCUCACAGGGCAGACUGGGCCCUGUCCUCUUU